AUGAAUAUCGGAACUAAUCUUGGAAUUCCAACCAGUCAAUAGAGUCUCCUCUAGACCUCGAACAAUGUUAGUAGUCCUAUUCUCUCUAGUCAAUAAUUCCCCUUCAUGUUUUAGUCAGUAUAGAGUCUUGGCCAAAUUCCAUUCAAUUUAAAUUUGAAUUUACCUUUACCCUAAAUUCCUUAAAUGUCUUCUAUUGAUUAAAUUAACAAUAAUAGCUCUUUGGUAAGCUAGAGUGAACUAUAGUAGCUACAAUAAUAGCAUUAGCAGAAUCUCUUCAGAUCAUAAAACAAUUUUACUGGCUCAACCAUUUCCCAAAAUGAAAUACCAUCAAUUCAGUUGCAGAAGAGCUACAGCUAAACUCCAAUGUAUACAAACGAGCAUUAGCAACAACUUCAAUAAUAAUAACAAUAUAAUUGUGCAUAAAACUAAAUAAAAUCACUAAGUCAACUUAUGCCGGAUGAAGAAAAGUAGUAGUAAAUUUUAAUGGGCUAAAUAAACGAAAAUAGCAAUAGCAAUAUUAUGAGUAAAAAUUUUAAUAAAAAUUGCAAUACAAGCGGAAUUGUUACUCCAAAUAGAGUUGUAUAGUAAUUAAAAGAAAAUCUUCCUACUCUAUUAUACAUGUAAUAAGUGAUUGAUUAGCAAAUUGCAUACCACAAAUAUUACAUUUAGUAAGCGAAUUUAUAAUAAUAAUAAUAAGCCAAUAUUUAAAUAGAGCCUUUCUUGCCCUCUUUUGGCUAGAAUAUCCCCAAUUUCAAUCCAUUUAAUUAGAGCUCUUCUUCUCAGGCCAGUUCGUAGUCUCAAAUUAGCGUGAAUACCAAUUUGAACUAGCUAGAAAUUUCCCCCGCUAACUAAAAAUCUUCCAUAAACAACAUCAGUAAUGUUAACCAAAUUUAGGUUAAAUAGCAAUAGAAGGAUCAAAAUUAGUUCAAUUUGCUUCAAGAAUCUCCCAACCCACAGUUAUCAUUAAACGAGCAGCUUAGUAUGAACCCAAGUAUCCAAGAAAAAUUGCUGAAACGACAAAAGGUAGCUGAAGAGCUUACGGAAUUGAUGCACUUUUUGAUAGAUAAUAUGACAGUUCUAAGUACUGACAAAAUUUUUGAAAGAAAAAAGGAUAUUAAGUAUUUGAAUGAAAAAGAGUCUUAAAUUUAUGACUAAAUUGUGAAUAAAUACUAAUAUUCCAAAAAAACAAAGGAAGAAAUGAUUAAAUUUAUUCUCAGAAAAUGUUUCAAGUUCUUGAAGUCUGACAUGAAGCAAUUCGACCUUUCUCAGUAGCGCGAAAUGGACAAGGCUUUCUUUGACAAGUAUUUUGACCCAACUGAUUUUUCCACUGAUGAUUAAUUCAUGCCAUUCAACAAAGUUUUAUCAUUAAGAUUGCAUUGCAUUCUUCCUGCUCAUUUUCCCCAAGAAAGAGAUUGA